GCUCGGGCGGGAAAGCCGGCGCCAUGGCUGCCGUAGACUGCAUCCUGAAACUAGGAGGCAGCGCAUUGACGCAGAAAAACCAGUUGGAGACGCUGAAAACGGAGUCCGUGCGGAGGGCGGCUGCUGUCGUCUCUAAGCUCUGGGAGGCUGGACAAAGACGGUGCAUAAUCGUGCACGGCGCCGGGUCCUUUGGGCAUUUCCAAGCAAGAGAACAUGGUGUUGCCUUGGGGACAUCAGGAAGAUCAACUGCAGGUGACAAUUUGAGACAAGGGCUAUGUUUGACCAGGCUUUCUGUCACCAAGUUGAACCAUCUGGUGACAGAACAAUUGAUUAGUGUUGGAGUUCCAGCAGUGGGGAUUUCGCCUUUUGGAACCUGGAAAACAACAUGCAAGAAUGUCACCCAGGCUGGUAUUGAUGCAGUGAAGGAUGUUCUAGAUGCAGGUUAUGUCCCGGUAUUACAUGGUGAUUGUGCCCUGGACUUGGAACAGCACUGUUGUAUCUUAUCUGGAGAUACAAUUAUUGAGGUUCUAGCUAAGAAAUUCUCUCCUAAGCGAGUUGUGUUUCUCACAGAUGUGAAUGGAAUUUACAGUUGUCCACCUGAUACCCCAGGUGCUAGGCUAGUGGAUUCCAUUGUCAUUGGCCCUGAAAGAACUAUGGAGCCAACUGUGCUCACAUCUGCACUACCACAUGACACUACUGGAGGAGUUUCCUUGAAGCUACAAACUGCCAUAAAUAUAGUUUCUUGGAGUCAUGGAGCCAUUCCUGUUCUGAUCUGCAAACUGGACAGUAAAGCAGCUGUAAAGGCUUGCUUGACAGGCGAGCUGAAGGAGGGUGAAGGCACAAAACUCUCUUUUGUGGAAACGUGAAAUCUUUUGUAAAGGGCCCUUCAAUUAUGUGCAGAAUUUCUGGGACAAUAAUAUUCAUAGAUCCCUUUGUUUCAGUCAUAUAUGUGUAUUUGUUUUAUGUCAUUUUAUGCACCUCACAAAUUCAAAUCAAAAUGUUUUUAACAUCUUACAAAGCAAUGGCGUUUUUAAUAUCGAUAAACAUAUAUUCAGUUCACAUUUAUAUCUUCCUUACUCUCAUAAGGUCACUUUGGUGGUUGAUUGCUGUUUUCAUUACUAGAGUGCUUGAUAAAACCAUAUCAUACAGAAAAAAAUAUUGAUUUUCUUCAACUAAAUCCAAAUUAUGUAUUAAUUUUUCCAUCAAAGAAAUAAAUCUGUCAUACCAUUUUUUCUUCAGUGCCCUUUUUAGAUAUUUCCAGUAUUUUGCUAUUACUAAUCUAGCAGCUAUUAAUAAGAAUGUUAAUUGUGUCUCACUUUUUGUAUAAAUAUAAAUAUCUAUAUAAAAAUAUUUAUAUAAAUAUUCUUACCAAAAGGUAAUGAUAGACGGCCCAGAUAUGGUUUCUCUAUUAUUUCAUUACUAAUUGUUGUACCCUAUAAUACCAUGUCCCCAGAUUUACUUAUUUUUGGAUUUCUCAACCAUACAUGUAAAGAGAUAUCUUAGAUCUCCCCUCCACCCCAAUGUUUUUAUUAUAUAUAAAAUUUUUAACUGGAGUGAGAUACCAAUGGUGUAAAAUCUUUUUAGGUGUGUUUCCUGCAAAAUUGUUGAAGGGAAACCUAGGAAUGGAUUCUUCCAUACUCACUUCCAUUCAACUUUUAGGAUUUGUGUCUCAAAAUCUAAUUCUUGUGUCAAAUUUUUGUAUCCCCAAUUUCUAACAUUUUAAUCAUUUUUCCAAGAAUGUUUUGUACCAGUAUAAUAUGUAUUAAGUAUGUGUUAAACUCUCAUCUUACUCCAUCUCCAACUAGAUUUAGUUUUCACUCUUCACCUUAAUUUGAUGCAAGUACUGCCACAACUAAUUUCACAAGGCAUGCUGUCCCUUGCUCACACGGUAUGCUAUUUGUUUAGUACUGUGCAUCACUCUUUCAAAGGCUGUAAUACCCAUAAGAGGGAGUCAGUAAACAUGUAGAAACAUGCUGCUUAAUGUUUUUAGUUAAUACUGGCAGAAUAAAAGCAGUCCUAAAAUAUAUCAAGCAAAUAAUCAUUAAAGAACACUAUUACCAUUAUUAGGAGAGCCAGUUUGGUGUACUGUAGUGGCUAAGGCACCAGGCUAGAAACUAGGAGACCGUGAGU